AUGACAAAAAAAAAAAGGUAUUUUAAAUUUUUUGCACAUUUACACAUUACUUGCUUAAUCUUCAACAAAAUGAAUAAAUUAAAGGCUAUUGGUCGUCGUAAUUGGAUGAGUACAGCUGGUAUUGAGCAUUCUCAUCGAGCUAUUCUCUUUCCAGGUCAAGGAUCUCAAUAUGUAGGCAUGGGAAAGGACCUUUACAAUCUUUAUCCACGAUCCGCCAAAUUGGUCUUUGAUGAAGCUAAUGAAGCAUUAGAUAACGAUUUACGUUCACUCAUCUUUGAAGGACAACAGGAAAAACUAAAGCAAACACAGAAUGCACAACCUGCAAUCCUAACUACCUCCAUUGCUAUGUUGCGCGUUUUAGAAAUCGAAUUCGGAUUUGAUGUAGCCAAAGCAUGUAGUCAUGCCCUGGGACAUUCAUUGGGUGAAUAUACUGCAUUAGUAGCAACAAAAGCAUUAUCACUUACAGACGCUGUACGGCUAGUCAGAUUACGUGGUGAAGCAAUGACAAGAGCUGUAGCUGAUCGAAAGACGGCCAUGUCAGCUUUAGUAGUACGAAAAGACAAAUUGAGCGAUUUGUUAAAGGCAAUGGAAGAAAUAAAGACAAGCUUACCAAAAGAUGAAUUAGUCUCAGUAGCCAAUAUCAAUAGUUCCUUCCAAGUAGUUAUUAGUGGAACAAGUCAAGGUGUAGAUCAAGCAUCACGUAUUUUACAAGAGCGUCGAUUUGCUGCACGUGCAGUAGACUUACCAGUCUCGGCACCUUUUCAUUGCUCUUUAAUGAAAGAAGCAGCAAAUGUCAUGGAAGAAGCAUUAAGACAAGUUAAAUUUAAAAUGCCGUGCGUGCAAGUUAUUUCGAAUGUUACAGCUAAGCCGUAUACAAAUGCGGAUGAGAUUCCUAAACGAUUAGUUGAACAAAUUGUUGCACCUGUUGAAUGGGAACGUAGUAUUAAUUAUUGUAAAAGUGAAGAUAUAAAUGAUUUCUUAUGCUUUGGUCCUGGUAAAGUGUUGGCUAACUUGCUAAAGAAAGAAUACCCAUUAGAUAAAAUCAGUCAGACAGCAGUUAUGAAAAUGGAAACAGCUGUUAGCAAUGUGCUACCAAAAAAAGAAAAAAAGUUAGAAGAGACGGCUGCUAUGAUUCCUAACCCAGAAAUCAUGAAUAAUAAAAGAUAUGUUCAUGAGAAUCCUUUUGCCUUUAAAGGGAGAUUAGGUUAUGCUUGUAUGAAUACUGUUUUACGAGCACAAAAGCCUUCUGUAUUUUGUUCAAGGACAUGUCGUCUAGAUACGAUUAUGAAGAAAGGCAUAGACUAUGUCAAGGAACUUGCAUUGGCAAAUGUCGCUGACUUAUUAACAAUGAUACAAUGGAACGAAGACAAUAAAAUUAGAUUUAUGCGUAUGUCAAGUGAAAUGUUUCCAUUUGCAAGUCAUGAAAAAGCAGGAUAUGAUAUUGACUUUGCUAAGGAUGAACUAGCUAAAGUUGGAGCUUUGGUUAAAAAAUACAAUCAUAGAUUGACUACGCAUCCAGGUCAAUAUAAUCAAUUGGUAUCACUUACUCCAAAAGUGGUUUCAAAUACCAUACGAGAUUUACAUUAUCACGCCCAUAUGAUGGAUUUAAUGAACCUUGAUCAGGAUUCAGUCAUGAUUAUCCAUAUGGGCGGUGUAUAUGGCGAUAAAGAAGCUGCUUUAGCUCGCUUUGAAAAAGAAUACCUCAAGUUACCUGAACAUAUUAAACGAAGAUUAGUCCUUGAAAACGAUGAAUUUGGUUAUUCUGUAUCCGAUCUAUUACCUAUAUGUCAAAAACUCUCAAUUCCAUUAGUGUUAGACUGGCAUCAUCAUCAUAUCAAUCCUGGUAAUAUUACUGAUUUAGUAUCCCUUUUGCCAACUAUCAACAAACUUUGGUUUGACAGAGGAAUUAAACCAAAACAACAUUAUUCAGAAUCUAGAAGAGGUGCAGUUACUGCGAUGGAGAUGAGAGCACAUAGUGAUAGAGUCAAACGUUUACCUCCCACAACUGAUGACGUUGAUCUUAUGAUUGAAGCUAAAGAUAAAGAACAAGCUGUUUUCCAGCUCUUCAAGCUUUAUAAGCUAGAAACUGUUAAAGACGAUGUCUGGAUACCACAAAAAGGCUCUGAAACAACGCAAACAAAAGGCCGCAAGAGUAUAAAAACAGUUGUAAAGAAAACAAAGACAGCAAAUGAGGAAGAGGAAGUUAUUUUCAAAGAAGCUACCGAGGUACGUCGAACGACAAGACAAUCUGCUACCACUGCUGUUGCUGCUGCUGCUGCUAAAAGAAAGAAACAGGAGAAAAAAGUCAAAUCAAGUGAUGAUGAUAUGGUAGAUGAAGAUAAUACAAAAGUAAUGACCCUUAGAAAAAAGGGGAAAAAGUCAAAAACUGCUUAAAUCAUAUACAAAAUUGAAUAGAUUCAGAAAUCUACAUAAUAUAAAUAUGAGAAAAAUAAAACUAUCUACAUGUUCAAAUAGUAUUAUUUAUAAGAGAGUAUCCCCAAAUUAGGCAUACCAUAUCAAAAUUGCCCAAGACAAAUAGUUAAUGAAAGGAAACAGUUUUAGGACAGUAGUCGAUAUUGCAUCCAAUCAUUCUGCUUUAUUGAUAGUUGUGGGAGGGCGUUACUAUGAUACGAUUAAAAAUAUACAUAUAUGGUUUAUUACAAUCAAUAAGCAUGUAGGUUAUAAAUAUUGAUUUGCCAUGGUUAUUUCCAAAAAGAAAAAAGCAGAGGUAUAGCCUAUUGAGACUUUAAUACAAUGAUAUACAAUAUUGUAGCUCUAGCAGCAUUUGAUCUUUCUGUUACUUUUCUUUUCUUUCCGCAUUUUACUUCUAUAUAAAUAUU